AUGGAGAUUGAGAGCCCUUCAAAUAAUACAUAUCUAAAUUGCGCCGAAAUUAUAUUCACUAAUUUAUUGUUUGAUAAAAUUGAGAAUGGGAUUAGCAAACCCAUGGUGUGGAUUGGGAUCUACAUUGCGUUAGCAUCGUUAUUUUGCAUCCUUGCCAUGGGAGCUGAUUUAUUGCAUGGUUUCCGAAAUAGAAAAUUUUGGUUUCCAUGUAAGUAUUUCACGCUCAAUGCUGCUUCUAUCACGAUGAUAGCCAUCGCCAUGAAACUGCCUGGGGAUCUAACAAGUUUGUUUGAGAGGUCCUUGGACCAAGCAACCAAGUUAGGAAGCAUGGCCUUCUUGUGCACGAUGAUGGCUAACUUAAUGCCAUCUUUGGCAUCUAUGGAUAACGAUACACUGCUGGCAAGUGUCAUAGGUUUGGCUAUACUCGUAAUCACUGUGAUGGUAAAUAUCUGCAUUCAAAUUAAUACUGGUGUUAUAAAUGGUCCAUAUGCUCUUGAUGAGCUACCAUAUAGUGACGAUGUCCUGAAUUAUAUGGUACCCGGCUAUCUGGCUAUAUCACUCUGGUUAUUGAUAAUGUUAAUUUCCUCCGCUAUAACAAUUCCUGCUUGUAAGGAAGUUUUAGAAAUAAAAUACCAAGCUACUAUGAAAAGAACUUCAAAUGGUCAAGAUAGCUUAGCAUCCACAGUUGAGAAACUAAACCAAUAUUUGAGAAGAUACUGGGUUAUGGCAGAAACUGGUAGCCCUCAAUUUGUGAUGGCCAGUAACCCAUUGUCUAUUAGUUCUGGCAUAAUAUGUGUAUUUAGUUUAAUCUUGCACAUAAUUAUGAUGAUUCUCACCAUUCAAGCUGAAAAUAGUUAUUCUAGCCACGGAAAGGAAUCAUAUUAUAAGUGGUCAAUGUAUUUCAUUGCUCUAACUCAGUCCAUUGGAGUUGUAAUGGGUAGUAUCGCACCGAUAUUUAGAUGUUUUACAAUAAUGAACUUCAAAUUGUCUUUUAAAAAGAACAAGAACCAAUUCAAGGUCUUCAAGGUAGAGAAGUACUGGAUUCAAAAGCUGGGGGAGUGGAAAGAAAGUCAUGUACGUUCUUUAUCAAGUCGUUCUAAGUCGAGAACUCUUGCCCUUAAUCUGAAAAAUCUGUUUCUAGGCAUCUGCAUGGGGACUCAGAAGAUAACUGUUGUAUUAAUCAAAAUGAUGGGGCUCAUUCCAGUAGUGCUUCUGAUUUGUCUCAUUUAUUGUUCAUAUCGGUGGAAGUCUCUGGCGUCAAGGUUGUUCGUUCCACCUGAUAUCCCAAGAAUAGAUGAAAGAAAAGAAGACCUUAGGAAUUACAUUUUACAACUUGAAGAUGAGAUGGAGCUUGGUGAAAAAACGCUCAAACGCAUUUCAAAUUCUAUAGAUCACUUGAUCAAAAAGGCCGAGAAGAAGCAACCGAAGAAUCUUUUGAGGCUUCUUGAGAAGUAUAAUGGAUUUAGAGGUGUGGAGAACUUUGACAACGAUCAAGUUCUACCUCUAACUUCCUUUAAACUUGUUAAUAGUUGGAGUUUGCCAAUAGUAACUUUGGCAUGCAUUGCCAUUUCUCUUCAUGAUAUUGACGAGGUUGAUAGCUUGUUCAAAAGUGUACGUGAAGGUCUUUUGUACACUGAUCUCGUGGAAGAAAGCCUCAAUAAUAAUCGUGAAUAUGGAAAUAUCCGAAAGGCAACUAUGUCCUUGUGGCACGAGGUGGAGCAGAAGUCUAUAUGGUUGGAGAACACUUUGGAAAAAAGUGCUUAUAGAGGGAAAACAUCAAUAGAGAUUCUUCAGUGGUUUGCCGGUAAGGCAGAAGAAAUUGUCAAGCAAAUUGAUACUACCAAUGAAGAAGUAAUGGAGAACAAUCCGAAGAAGUUGAUUCUUGCCAAUUCAAUGUACCGUAUUACACGAACGAUCUUGCUUAACUACCAAGGCCAACCUACAAAUGAAGAGUUGUUUGCACUAUUAUCUAGCAUGAUUGCAGACAUGCUGUGUGCUUGCUUCACCAACAUACCACGAGUCAUAAUGAUGAAAUGCCACGGAAGUGCCAUAGAGAAACGGGAAGCUAGUGUUAAGGCUGCUGCUAAGUUAUUUGGUAGCACGAAAGAGGUACUAAAAAGACUUGACGCUUGGCAAUUGCCAAAUAUGGAUCCUGAUAAGAUUGCAUUUAUCGACGAGUGGCAUUUUCAUAUGAAGCAUUCGAUCCCUUAA